CUUUUUUCUUCAAAAAAAAAAAAAAAAGCAAAAAGUCUCUCUCUCUCACUCUAGACCCUUAAUUACUUAUGAACACUCAACCAUGUCGGGCAAAACUUCAACAGCUUCACCUCAGCCUUUAGACUCUUCAACAGAUCAACCUUCCGAUCCUUCAAACGAUCUCUUGAAUAUCAAUACGAAUGAAGAUUAUCAAACAGUAUUAAAAUCACUCAGUGUUUUAAAACACCAGUUAAAAAAAGCUACUGAGCAUGUAGACCUUUUAAAUAAACUAAAACAAGAAGCCUUGGGAGACCCCUAUGCAUUUAUUAUCAGUUUAAAAGAGAGAAAAUCAAAAAGUAAAGUACCCAAAUUGCAAAAAAUUAUAACUGUGCCAGAUAUUGAUUGGAGCAAAUACAAGUUUUUACCCGAAUCUCGUCUUGUCCAACAAAAUAACGCAGUGAACGAAUUAGCGCAACAACUUUUGAAUCAAUCCAAAAAAUCAUCUUACCGUAAUAUCUUGGAUACGCCUAUGCAAACAGAAUAUACCUCUACUCCUCCAACACCUGUCAAUAUAGCCAAUCUUCAACAAGAACUUGUCAAAGCCACACAAACCAUGCGUCAAAUCCCUUCACGCGCAAACUCUGUAUCCGAUUUCUCGGAUGAUGAGGAAGAUGAACCCAUGACAACGUCCAAAACAACUCCUCGACCGAAUGGACAAUUCUACAAUACUACACCCAUCAACACAACCUGUGCUGGUAAAGGCAUUGGUAAGCGAAGGACGUCCAUGAUACAGACAGGCAUGGAGAGGGACUUGCAGGCAAGUUCAAUGGAUAUGUCUGAAAUAGAAAGUCCUUCAUUAUCAAGGUUACAGUCAAUUGAACCUCGUACACCGGAUGAUUAUUUCUCAUCAGAUAAUAAUCCAAUGGAUGAUCCAAACCGUGCGCCAACAUUUAAACAACCUUGGUCCGACGAAGAACAACAUCGAUUACAAGAGCUAUUAAUUACUUUUCCAGAUGAACCCAUCCAGGCUCAGAGAUUUCACAAAAUAUCAAAAGCAUUAGGUACACGAACACAACGUCAAGUCGCAAGUCGUGUACAGAAAUAUUUUAUAAAGUUGGCUAAAUCGGGUUUACCCGUACCUGGCAGAAUUACCAUUCCACCUUCAUGUAUGCCAAAAGAUAAAGAAGGUGUCAGUAAAAACAAGAACAAGGGUAACCCAAAUCGUGUUACAAAACCAAAUUUAGGUCCCAAUAAUAGACCUUAUGCAACGGUGGCAAGUACAGGCUAUGUCAGAACUUCAGGUGCUCAUUACGCAGAGGCUAGAGGUCCUCCCGCCGUAUUUAUGUCGGAUGACGAAGAGGAUAACAACGUGAAUGCAAUGAUGCGAAAAGUGAACACUGCUAAUGGUACUUCAGAACCCUCCGAACUGGUCAUUCAUGAAGGGUUUGCUUGCGACGGGUGUGGUAUAGAACCUAUUGUAGGAGUGCUUUAUAAAUGUACUGUAUGUGAUAUCAGUGAAGAGGUUGAUUUAUGCGGAAGUUGUAUGGAAAAAGGAACCUUCACCAAUGACCAUCAUACAGUGGAUCAUACUUUUGAGGCAGUGCGUACAGCCAACCCUUUUCCUUAUUAUGCAGAUAAUGAUUAUAAAUCACCAGAGCAUCUAGGUGAAUAUAGUUAUUUAGGUUUUCAACAGUAGAUGUAUUUGUACAGAAAAAGAUUUUAUUAAAAGCAAUGAUUUUUUUUCGAAAUGUUGUAAAUGGGUAUUAUUUGCGCAAUGGAAAAUGAAAUAAAUAAAUAUAUAUAUAUAUAUGUGUGUGUGUGUGUGUGUGUAUGAGUAUAUAUAAAAGAACUGUUUACACUUUUUUUGAGUUGCAAGACAUGGUGGUAU